ACUGCUCCUCACCAAACGAAUUUCCCCUCCGCUCCGCAUUCACCAUGCGGAAAGCACUCGAGCUUCUAGCAGCGGCCGGCGAGGACGGGGAUCAGGACGGCGGAAUCAUGAGGAAAGUGGUGGCGGAAAAUGCGGUGGUGAUUUUCGCGAGGAACGGCUGCUGCAUGUGCCACGUGGUCAAGCUCCUGCUGCACGGGCACGGCGUGAGCCCGACGGUUGUUGACGUUGACGAGCUCAAUGAGGUGAAAUUAGCCGGAGAAUUGACGGAGAUGAUCGGCGGCGAGGAAGGUCCUGGAAGCGCAGCGGCGAUGCAGUUUCCGGCGGUGUUUGUCGGUGGAGAAUUGUUCGGAGGGCUGGAAGAAAUCAUGGGCGCGCACAUCUCCGGCGAAUUGGUACCCAAAUUGAGAGAAGCUAGGGCUUUGUGGCUUUGAGGUUUUAAAUUUUGAUUCAAUUCAUGCUUAAUUACAAGUAAUUUGGAUGAUAGUUUCUUCGAGAUUCGAUAUAUAAUCCUUUUACCUUUUCUGCAUAUACGUAUAUCAAUGUGCAUCAUCUUCGGGCAAUAUUCAUGAUUAUGACGCCGAGCUCCCGGACCAUAGCUGAUAGUAGGGAGUCCAGGAGACCGCCAUAGGAUUAGUACUAUAAUUAAGGAGAUGCAUUUUUUGAGAUAAAAGUAAUUUUAUUCAUGAUGAUGAUGAAAUAGUAGUGUUGAUUGCAUUUGCAUAUAAA